UAGGCUUAAUAGGCUUCCCAGGUCUGCAGCACUCGACAUGUCUUGAGCACGAAUGUAGCCGUCAACUUCAGGUAUUUUCGCAGACUAUGGACAUAAUUUGUUACCUGCUGGUUAUAGUUGUGUUCCACAGUCUAGUAUAUGACAGUUAUUCUCAGUGUUUACGCGGGUGCAGCUGUAUAGAAGACCGCCAUGGAAGGUCACUCAUAUGCAUGGAGGAGAGCGCGUUUGGGGCCAUACCAUCAAACCUUCCAGAUGAUAUGACCAAAAUACGAAUAGAAAAAUCUCACUUUACUGAAAUACCCAGAGGGGCAUUCUCCCUAACACCCGCCUUGGAGAACCUGUGGUUGAACUUUAAUGAUAUUACAGUAAUUAACUCAAGGGGCCUGGAGGGUUUGGGGAACUUGACCGAGCUCCGUCUGCAGGGGAACAAGCUCCGUUCAGUACCAUGGACAGCGUUCGAGGACACGCCCGCCCUCAAGAUCCUGGACCUGAAGCACAACCAGCUGGACGUCCUUCCGGAGCAUGCGUUAAAAUUUUUGCCAGGUCUGACUUACUUAGACUUAUCCUUCAAUCGGCUUACGGUCAUAUCGAAGGAUGUUUUCCAAAACUGGCCCCUGUAUCAAAAGCUACAGCGAAUGGGGGAGCGGGAGGCGACCAGUUUCGGGCCCAACGUCGUCCUGGCGCUGCACGACAACGCCUGGCUCUGCGACUGCCGCCUGAAGGGCUUCGUGGAGUUCAUCAGGUCUCUCAGCCCUCCGAUUAUCCUGAUGAACUCCUACUUGACCUGCUCAGGGCCGGACUUUAGGGCGGGGAAGUUUUUCCAUGAGGUCGAGCUGAACGGCUGCAUGAAGCCGGCGGUCAGCACCCCGUCCUCCAACAUCAGCCUGCCUCAGGGCGCUAACGUCACGCUGCGCUGCCUCGCCAAGGCCCGACCGGACCCCUCGGUGUGGUGGACAUAUGGUCUGAAGAUAAUCAGAGGAUUUCAUGAGUCUCAGGAAAGAGUGGAUGACGACACCAUCAGAUCCUUCCUGGUGAUCCCCUCCGCCCACGUAGCCGACCGUGGCGUUUACACCUGCACUGCUGUCAACUUCAUUGGAAACUCGUCUGCCAGCGUCCUCCUGGACGUUCAGUCCCCCGACAGCUCCCAGGCGUCAGCCCCGUCCGGCCCCUCGAACGCACCAGGCGCCGGGGACGAGAACGUCUACAUUGACAUCCGCAUCGCCAAACAGACGGUGCGCGGCAUCUCCAUCGAGUGGUAUGCCGCCUUGGAUCACCCUGCCGACACCUGGUUCACCAUCCACUUCGGCCGGUCGGACGCGGAGAAAAAAGAAAUGAUCUACAUCGGUCCUGGGAUUCACUCGUACUCGGUGUCCGAUUUGAUGCCCGCUACCAAAUAUGAAAUCUGUGUCACUCUUAAGAACCAGGCGCCACAUCCAGGCCAGUGCAUCAUGUUCGUAACAGGAAGUGACAUUACUGAGAUGGAACAGAGGGAGAAACUGAUUCAUAUAGUGGUGAUAGUCCUAGCAAUGGUGCUGGCCGUGCCUAUAGGCAUGUACGCCUGCACCACCGACAUCAGGUUCGCCUGUCUGGAGGGCAUCAUGGCCUCCUGGAAGAACCGGCGGCGAGAAAGUGGCCCGUCGGGGGUGGAGCGAGAGCGGCAAGGCACCUUUGACAGCUUGCAGGCGGCCAGCGAUGAAGGUCUGGUUCAUAAAGAUUCCACCGAAGACAGGAAGGUGAGGAGGAGAUCAGAUGACCGACUGAAUAGAGGCAAAUGUGACCAAAGCAGACUCACAGCUGAACUAUACUAAAUUUGUUAAGCUCAAUAAGGACAAUUUAAAACUGAAUAUCUCGCUCCCUAAUAGUCCCUUACUUCAAACAAAGAUACCUGCUAAAUGAUGCUGACUUUUAUAUAUUUACACAAUUCAGAAGAUUGACAACAUUGUCUGCCUUGGUUUUAAUCUUAUUUCUUCCUCUGUUCUAGGCCGAGGAGUUUGUUGCAAAGAUGUGAAUGAUGACCAUUAUGUCAAGAGUGUAAUUCAAGGAUGUGCAGCAGUGUAAAGAUUGGUCUGUCGUUUGUUUCUGUCAGGAAAAAAACAACACGUGUGUCUCGUCUCCUUGAUGUUAACACAUGUUUAAAUGAAACCAUUGUGACCUAUUUCAAUAUUGAGAUAAAAAAACGUGUUGCAAUGGUAGGAGAGUACAUUUCUUUUUAAAACUGUGUCAGAUUCUGUAUAAGCACUUGUCUGUAUGAAUAAAAAGCAUCCGACUGAUGUCCAUAUAGUGUUGCUAAGCACUAGACACAAUACAUGGAAUGGAACCAGGUAAAAGCACACAAUAAAGUCCAUUUGUGUUUGUGUGGGAUCAAACCAUCUGCUUGGUGUCAUCCUGUCUAUGCUUAAUUAUUUUAAAGCAACUCUCAUGUCUGUUUUAAAUCACUGUUUUGGUGUCUGUGCAACCAAAGAGAUUUUGCAGUCGGAAUAAAAACUACAGGUUUGU